AUGGGAAACCAACAAUCAUUUUUAUUAAAAAAUAAAAAUAAAUCCAAAAUCUCUUCAACAAAAACUUCCUCCACUGAACAAAAAUGUUGGUAUAUUGAAGGUCGGCGGUACGCCAAUUAUAAAAAUUCAAAGUACUUCUUUCCAGAAGAUGAUUUUGAAAUAGAUAGAUUACAAAUGCAGCAUUAUCUAUUUCGACAUAUAUUCUAUGGAAAUUUUUCUGCUCCGGUAGAGGAUGUACUUAAAAAAGGUGGCAGAAUAUUGGACGUAGGGUGUGGACCAGGAACGUGGGUUCUAGAAAAUAGUUGUGAAUUUGUCAGAUCUGAAUUUUAUGGAAUUGAUAUUGCACCAAUGUUUCCAAGUAUGAUUAAACCACGAAACGCUCAUUUUAUACAAGCAAAUAUUCUUGAUGGCUUACCAUUUGAUAAUAAUUCUUUUGAUUUCGUGCAUCUGGGUUUCUUAUCUGCUUGCUUUUCCGAAGAAGAUUGGACAACUCAAGUUAUUCCAGAAUGUAUUCGUGUAUGUAAACCUAAUGGUUGGAUCGAAUUUUAUGAAGGUGACGGUGCUGCGUUUAAUGGCGGUCCGUGUUAUGUUCGAAUCGUGGAAUCUUUGAAACAAGAAUUUUCUGCAAUGAAUCUAAAUAUAAGAGCUGCAAUAUUUUACAAAAAUUGGCUUCUUAAAGAACCAACUCUCACAAAAGUUCAAGAAGAAGUCAAAAAGCAAUCAAUUGGAAAUUGUGAUAACCUUGCAAUUAUAAUGGAAGAGAAUUUAAAAAUCCUUUUUCAAACUUUGGCUCCACGUAUCGUUAAUAAUUUAGGAAUAACCAUGAAUGAAUUUGAAAGAAUGUUACAAAUUAUUCAUGAUGAGUACUCAAAAUAUGGAACUUAUAUGAAUUUUCAUAGAGUUUAUGCUCAAAAGGUAUCAGUUAGCGAUCAUACAUGUUGA